UUUCAGUAAGGGAUCACGUGAGCGGAUAUUGAUUGAAGUUUCUGAUCAGUGAUUUGUGGUCGUGCUGGAGGGAAGCGUCGAUUCAAAAAAGAUUCAAAGUUGUGUUCUUAUAUGUUUGUUUUAAAUGUCGGACUGGGAAGAUGAGUACGGUGCGGAAGGUGAGGCGAUUUCAAAGCCGUCAACGUUACCCGUUCAAACUGUAACGUUACCGGUAAAGUCAUGGAGGCCUCCGUCUCCUAGAGGCGCGCGGAGCCGUGACCCCACGAGUGUCGGCGCAACGUUUGGUGGAGACGGCGAGCAGUGGAGAAACUGGAGGGACCGAGACUCUGAAUCCUAUGUUUGUGACGGAGCAACUGGUAAAAAUAACAGUUACAGUCGUUCCGUGACUGGACCUACAGGGUGUCGCGGUGGUGGAGACAGAUCAGGCUCAUCACCGACAACUCUCAAUGUGGAAAACUCUUUGGUCGGGAGGAUAAUAGGUCGAGGUGGUGCGAAAAUUCGGGAGCUCGAAGAGAGCAGUGGAGCAUCGAUAAAGAUAAACCGUGGUGCACAUGAAGCUGAGGUACUUGUCUUUGGAAGCCGUGAUGCUCAGCUCAAAGCCAAAGACAUGAUUGAAGAUCUGGUGCAUGGGAAUUCUGUCAGAGGUCCUGGAUGUGGCAAUGGUAACAGCAAUGCAGGGUAUCAGAAUGACUCCUGCUGGCCAGCUGCUGCUGUACGAGCUGUGGCUGCAGCUGCCCAAACAGCUGUACCUAUUGACUGGACUGCACUUAGAGAAAAUCGGGACAAAUAUGAAGCUAUGAAAUGGCAAGAUCUUCCCCCUCUCAAGAAGGAUUUCUAUAUUGAAGCAAAAUCAGUGGCAGCUCGCAGUGCAGAAGAAGUCAAAAUCUGGAGAAAGGAGAACAACAACAUCUUUGUGGAUGACUUGAAAGAUGGGGAAAAAAGAACUAUUCCCAAUCCAGUGUGCAAUUUUGAGGAGGCUUUUGCUCACUAUCCUGGAAUAAUGGAAAACAUUGUCAGAGUGGGAUUUAAAAAGCCAACUCCCAUUCAGUCACAAGCCUGGCCCAUUGUUCUGAAAGGAACAGAUCUGAUUGGAAUAGCCCAGACGGGAACAGGCAAAACGCUGUCCUACCUGCUACCUGGCUUUAUUCAUAUGGAUGAGCAGCCAGUACGAAGAGACAAGAGAGAUGGUCCUGGCAUGUUGGUUUUGACUCCCACUCGUGAGCUGGCCCUCCAGAUUGAAGCUGAGUGCAACAAAUACAGCUACAAAGGAUUUAAAAGCGUCUGUAUCUAUGGAGGAGGUGACAGAAAGGCCCAGAUUAAAGUAGUGACCAGUGGUGUCGACAUAGUCAUUGCCACACCAGGACGAUUAAAUGAUCUGCAGAUGAAUGAGCUCAUCAGCUUGCGCUCCAUCACCUAUCUGGUGUUGGAUGAAGCUGAUAGAAUGUUGGACAUGGGCUUUGAACCUCAAAUCAUGAAAAUCAUUCUGGAUAUUCGACCCAACAGACAAACUGUUAUGACUAGUGCCACCUGGCCAACAGGUGUCAGGCGACUGGCCAAAUCCUACCUGAAAGACCCCAUGAUGGUUUAUGUGGGCACCUUAGAUCUAGCGGCAGUAAACACUGUUCAGCAGACAGUUCUGUUCGUGCAGGAGGAAGAAAAGAAAGCCUACAUUUUUGACUUCAUUGACCGAAUGGAGCCUCAGGACAAAGUUCUAAUAUUUGUUGGGAAAAAAGUAAAAGCUGAUGACCUCUCCAGUGACCUGUGUCUGCAGGGUGUAGCGGUUCAAUCUCUGCAUGGAGACCGCGAGCAGUGUGACAGAGAAGAGGCACUGCAGGACUUUAGAGAUGGUCGCGUGCGCAUUCUGGUGGCGACUGACCUGGCCUCACGUGGACUAGACGUUCAUGACAUCACGCAUGUUUUCAACUAUGACUUCCCUCGGAAUGUGGAGGAGUAUGUGCACCGUGUUGGGAGAACAGGUCGAGCAGGGAGGUCCGGUGCAUCUAUAACCCUGGUAACAAGAGAGGACUGGAGAGUAGCUUCUGAGCUGAUCACCAUCCUGGAGCGAUCUGGAUAUGGGAGGAAUUUCUGCAAGCACACUUUCAUGUUCUACUGA